CGACAUAUCACUGAGGGGUUGACUUGAGGAAACACCUUUUCUCACGCGUUUAGUACAUUAAUGUUUUGCUCCCAAAUCAUUUCCUCUGCUUCUGUCUCUCAGCCCCGCUCUCAGUUUUGCUACAUUACUCAUUCGUUUGUCCAUUUUCCCUAAGUUUCCUUCUUGUCUUGGCCGGUAUAAUACUUCAUAUCAUUAAUCAAGGUAAUUUGUUCGAGUACGAUGUCUUCUGUUUCCUUUAGCUAUGGCUGGAACUAUGAUGUGUUCCUCAGCUUCAGAGGUUCUGAUACUCGCCAUGGCUUUACCGGUCAUCUCUAUAAAGCUCUAUGCGAUAGAGGAAUCCACACUUUCAUUGAUGAUGAGGAGCUUCAAAGAGGCGAAGAGAUCACACCAUCACUGCUCAAGGCAAUUCAAGAGUCUAGGAUUGCCAUUCCCGUCUUCUCUAAGAACUAUGCUUCUUCCACGUUUUGCUUAGACGAACUUGUCAGCAUCCUUGCAUGCUUUAAGGAAAAGGGUCGCUUGGUUUUACCAGUUUUCUAUGAUGUUGACCCUUCUCAUGUGAGACAUCAGAUAGGUAACUAUGAAGAAGCACUGAAUAGCCAUAAGGAGAGGUUUAAUGACCAAGAGAAACUGCAAAAGUGGAAGAUUGCUCUGCGUCAAGUAGCUGAUUUGUCUGGUUAUCAUUUCAAACAUGGGGGUGAAAAUGAGUAUGAAUUUAUUGGGAAGAUUGUUAUAGAGGUAUCACAAAAAAUUAAUCGCACUCUUUUGCAUGUUGCGGAUUAUCCGGUUGGAUUAGAGUCUCCAUUGCUACAAGUAAAUUCGCUUUUGAAUAUUGAAUCUGGUGGAGUCCAUGUGGUAGGUAUCUACGGAAUUGGAGGAGUAGGCAAAACAACGAUUGCUCGAGCAAUUUAUAAUUUGAUUGCUGAUCAAUUUGAAGGGUUGUGUUUUCUUGAUAAUGUUAGAGAAACUUCAAUUAAACAUGGAUUGGUGCAUCUCCAAGAGGCAAUUCUUUCUAAAUCAAUUGGAGAGGAUGGUAUUAAGUUAGGAAGUGUAAAUGAAGGAAUUCCAAUAAUAAAGCAUAGGCUCCACUUAAAGAAGGUUCUUUUGGUUCUUGAUGAUGUUGACAAACUAGAUCAGUUGCAGGCAACGGUUGGAGGGACAGAUUGGUUUGGUUCCGGUAGCAGAAUCAUUAUUACUACUCGAGACAGGCAUUUACUAAAAAGCCAUGGGGUUGAAAAGACAUAUGAGGUAGAUAUGUUAAAUAAGAAAGACGCUUUUAAAUUGCUCAGUUGGAGUGCUUUUAAAACUGACAAAGUUGAUUCAUGUUACCAGAACAUUUUAAACCGUGUAGUAACUUUUACUUCUGGCCUUCCAUUGGCUUUGGAAGUAAUAGGUUCAAACUUGUUUGGAAAAAGGAUAGAAGAAUGGGAAUCUGCUUUAGAUCGGUAUGAAAGAAUUCCCAAUAAAAAGAUUCAAGAUAUACUUAGAGUAAGUUUUGAUUCUUUAGAAGAAGAUGAGCAGGACAUUUUUCUUGAUAUUGCUUGUUGCUUUAAAGGAUAUGCUUUGACAUAUGUAAAAGAAAUACUUUCUAAUCAUCACGGUUUCCGCCCAGAAUAUGGUAUAGGAGUGUUGAUUGACAAAUCUCUCGUAAAAAUUGAUGCAUGUGGUUGUGUGACAUUGCAUGACUUGAUAGAGGACAUGGGUAAAGAAAUUGUACGAAAGGAAUCGCCUGAAGAGCCUGGAAAACGCAGUAGGUUAUGGUGUCCUGAAGAUAUAGUUGAAGUCUUAGAAGAAAAUAAGGGAACUAAAAGAAUUCAAAUCAUAAAUCUGGAUUACCUCAAAUAUGAAGUAGAAUGGAAUGGAAUGGGCUUCAAGGAGAUGACUAACCUCAAAACACUUAUUAUUAGAGAUGCUAUCUUUACCAAUGGUCCGAAACAUCUUCCAAAUAGUUUAAGAGUAUUAGAAUGGUGGAGAUAUCCUUCAUCGUCUUUGCCAUUCGAGUUUCAUCCAAAGAAACUUGUCAUUUUACGGUUACCAUAUAGUUGCUUUUGCUCAAGGUCUCUUGAUUUGUUCAUGUCGAAGAAGAUGUUUGUGAAUACGAGAGUUUUGAAUUUUAAUGGUUGUCACUAUAUAACAGAGAUACCUGAUGUAUGUGGAGUUCCAAAUUUACAAGAAUUAUCAUUUCGCUAUUGUGAGAAUUUAAUUAAAAUUCAUGAAUCAGUUGGAUUUCUGGAUAAACUUAAAACCUUGGACGCAGAUGGAUGCAGCAAGCUUAGGAGUUUUCCACCUAUCAAAUUGACCUCUCUUCAAGAGUUAUGCCUUACAUGUUGUCCUAGUCUUGAGAGUUUUCCAAAAAUAUUAGGAAAGAUGGAUAGUUUAACUUACCUUUGUAUUAGAGGAACUCCCAUAAAAGAACUGCCAGUUUCAAUUCAAAAUCUCACUCAACUUGGAUUUCUUGAACUGAUGAGUUGUGGAAUUGUUCAAUUACCAAGUAGCAUUUUUGCCAUGCAAGAACUUCGUUAUUUAACUGUUAGCAAAUGUGAGGGAUUGCUACUACCCAAAGAGGACGAAGGAGAAGCACAAAUGAGCUCAACGGUCAUUGAAAACAUCAUUGAUCUUAAAGAAUGUUGUUUUUUGACAAAUAUUCAAUUGCUAGGUUGUGGGAAUAUUCAAGAAAUUAGAGGGGUGCCACCUAACAUAGAAACAUUCUACGUGAAAGAUUGCUCAUCCUUGAAAGAUUUAGAUCUCACACUUCUUCCUAAAUGGACCCAAGAAUUUCACUGUUUAAGGAAGCUUCAUUUAUAUGGAUGCAACAAUCUUCAAAAUAUUAAAGGGAUCCCAGCGAAUAUAGAAGUAUUGAUGGUAAAUUUGUGCCCAUCCUUGAAAAAUCUAGAUAUUACUCUUCCUCCUGCAUGCACCCAAGAAUGUCGCCUUUUGAGUACACUUAAUUUGGAUAAUUGUGAGAAUCUUCAAGAAAUAAAAGGGGUUCUUUCCAACAUUAGUUUUUUUUCUGCAAGAGAUUGUCAAUCUUUAACUUCUGACUGUAGAAGCAAGUUACUGAAUAAGGAAUUGCAUGAGGCUGGUGGAUGCAAAGAGUUUUGUUUGCCAGGAACAAGGAUUCCAGAGUGGUUUGAGCAUUGUACCAAUGGUUCAUCAAUUUCCUUCUGGUUUCGUAACAAGUUCCCUGCAAUAUCUGUGUGUGCUGUUAUUAAACCCAGAGAAUAUAUGGACAUUUGGCCAGUAUUUACCUUCAAUGGAAAGAAACAAUUAUCAGGGGAGGUGUUCUAUUUGAACCAUGUGGCUGACCAUCUGGUUAUUUUUGAUCAAAAACAGAAAUCAUUUGAUAUGCGUGGAAUUCUUUGGGAAAAUGAAUGGCAUCAUGUGGAAUGUACUAUAGACCCACCCAAAAUUUUAGUCGAAAAAAUUGGAAUCCAUGUAUUCAAACAAGGAAGCAACAUGGAGGACAUUGAAUUUACCAAUCCGCAGUUGCUGAUAGAGGAGGAUUUUUCAAACCUUUUUACCUAUUUAGGAUUCUAAUCAUUUUGCUGUAAAUGAAAGAGGAGGAUUUUUGUAUAUCUAUCUAUAUAUAGAUAGAUACAUAUCGAUAUCCACUUUAGUGAGAUCAACAUAAAUUAUGUUUGUUAUUGACAAAUCUAUUUUGAAAAUUUAAUCAAUAAAAAAAGUUUUUAUUUUCCUUAUAU